GCAGUGCGGUACGAUCAUUAUGGACCGCUGCCUUGUUGAUAAGAGUGAGAUUUAGUAUAGUCCUCGAAAUAAUUUGGAUGAACUAAAUUGCGUCUCAUAUCAUAAAAAAGUGUUCUGUGUAUAAAACAAAAAUAAAAGGAAGAGACCAUAGGAACCAGAAAAGCCAGUCCGAAAAUACACAUAUAAAGUUCCUUUUGCCUCAGGCAGCGUGGUCGGUUCCUCCUCGCCGUCAAAACAGCGAUUGUCCGCCAGUUGAAAGCGCCCGAUGACAGACGAAAAAAGAACGGAUUUAAAACUUUCGGCUGCCGGAUACUUCUAGACCCUGAGAACGCGGGAUGAAGAGUAAAAUGCCAAGUUUUAGUCUCCUCUAAAGGCUCAUUCAAUUGAAAACCGCCAAAGAACAAAUUUACAGGGAAAUGUUUCAGGCAUUACCUCACCCUGGGAUCUUGUAAACAAACGCCUUGGGUAGAGGAAUAUCAGCGCACCCACGCGAUGAAUAACUCUGCUCAGUCAUAGUGUGACUGCGAGCAAAGACCGCCAUGGCUCCACGCGUUACGAAGAGACGCCUUGCCAGUGCUUUAUUCCUGUUGCUGUUCCUGUCGCUGUAUAUGUCACAGGGCGAAGAAAGUGGCAUUCCAAGCGACGGCAGUUUGGAGAUGCGACGUAGGAUGCCGGUGAAGAAGGAUAGGAAAGAUCUGAUUGAAUCUGUGACGCUGCCAGACAGGUGGAACACAUCAAAGGCGCACCUGGAGGAGCUGAAUGCAAGGCGCCAACACGUGCAAGAGACCUGCAGGAAACUCGGUCUCGACCACCCUUCGCCAACCAAUAAACUCAACGCGUGGGAGUUCCUUUACAACAAGGAGUACAACCUCUUGUGGUGCAACGUGUUCAAGGCGGCGUCAUCCACGUGGUUUUGGAAUUUCAACCUUCUCGCCGGAUACACAGAGAAGCAACUGGUGAAGGCUAAAGCGGCGCCGGUCGAAUUGGCAAGAAAGCGCUAUCCCAGACCCACCGUUGAUGAAGUCCAGGAAAUAAUGGCAAAUAAUCCUUCACCCAUUUCAUUCAUGAUCACUAAGCACCCUUUUCUACGUCUCGUCUCUGCUUACCGUAACAAGAUUCUUGCCGGAAACGCAAUAUACACUCCCCUUUUCAAGAAGAUUUACCGAAAGUACAAACACUUAGGCCCUCCGGUACCCAGGCGAAUGAAGGACGGAAGUCUUGCGGGCACGGGUAUCUCUCCUUCUUUCAGCCAGUUCGUUCAGUAUAUAUUAGACAAGGAGGCGAACGGGAAGUCCCUAGAUAUGCACUGGAUUCCACAGUCUAGAUUUUGCACUCCCUGCCUGGCGAAUUUUAGCAUUUAUGCAAAGACGGAGACAUUAGACGAAGACGGAAAUCACAUAAUAUUUUCCUCAGGGAUCAAUCACGUGAUCAAGCCGAAGACGAUCAACCGCUCAGUCGAUGUUCCAACGUCCAAGGUGGCGCACGUGUUCAUUUGCCAGCUCUCUGAACAGCAGUUUGACGACCUGGUUAAGCUGUACCAGUACGACCUGCAGUUGUUCCAGUACGACGUGGAACCAUUUCGGAAUUGUACCACGUAGCGAUGGCGUGGUUUGAGUGAGUCCUUUGCUUAGGGAGUGUUAAGGGGAAAAAUGUGUUGUUUCGUUAUAUUUUUUUAAGGGAGAAGGGUGGGGAUGUUUGUUAUUUAUUCUAUCGUUAAAGAAAGGAAAUAUUUUGUUUAGUGUAUGUGCCGUGUAUGUGCGACAAUAAAUAUAUAUGUAUAUUGUAUAUAUAUCAAGUCAUUAGCUAAAUAGUCCUUUAUUAUGUGUAAGAAUAAGAGGUCCUGUAAAAGCUUUGUGGUGUAACCAAACAACAUAGUCAUUUAAAUAGGCUGGACUUUUUUUUAUUAUUAUUUAUUUAUAUUGAUUUAUCAUUAUUUUUUAUUACUAUUAUAAAUAUAUAUAUAUUAUUACUGAUUUAUUAAUUAUUUUGCGUUGCUCGAAAUUGGAGCAAAUUCUUAAAAUAAUUACUCUUGUCGAUGUUAAUUGAAGUUAAACAAUCCUGAACUAUAUGAUAAUAGUUUUCUUUUUUUGAAUUUCACAAUAAAAACGGACUUGUA